AUGGGAACCCCUAACUCAAAAGAGAGAAUUAAUGAAUUAGAACGGCAACAAAAAGCACUCAUGAAACAUAAUGCAGAUAUGGCACAGCGUUUGGCUGAUCAAGAGGAAGCGAAUAAACGGCAAAACGAAGCCAUGAUUCAACAAAUGGCGCUAAUGCUCUUAGCACUGGCACAAUCGAAAGAUAAUGAAACAGUUAUACGAGAAGAAAAAAAAGAGAUUGAAAUCGAGGGUACGACAUAUGAAAUUGUUCAAUUUGUUAAUAAAGGUGGUUUUGGUGAAAUUUACAAAGCAAAGGUUAAAAAUAAAAAUAUAAUGGUUGCCAUCAAAGUUAUGCAAAAUUCACCUGGUAUACAAGACGAAAUUAAAAAUGAAAUUAGUUUUUUACGUUUAACAAAACAAAUUCCUAUUGAUAACCAUCCAGUUAUAGAAUACUAUGGCAGUAAGUUAACAAAAGAAGGGAUAUUUAUUGCAAUGGAAUUAGCUGCUUGUGAUCUUGUUACAUUUUGGAUCAAUAAAGUAUCAGAAGGAGAUGCUCAAGAAAUUAUUGUCAUUGGUAUGAUUAUUAUAGUAUAUGUGUUACGUGCGUUGGCAUUUCUGGAAAAUUUGCAUAUUAUUCAUGGUGAUAUAAAACCGCAAAAUCUUGUUAUAGUUCCGAAUGAACAUGGCUUCUGUAUUAAAUUAAUUGAUUUUGGCACGGUAGAAAAAAUCAAUACUCGUCGUGCUCAACUUACAGUCGAUGCUAGCAAAGCUCAUACCUUAUUUUUUGCUUCGCCAGAAUUUUUACGACGUGAUUCAAAAAAUCUUUUGGCAAGACGUCUGCAUAAAAAGUCCGAUGCAUGGGCAGCCGGAGUUAUGUUUUAUCUUCUAUUCUGUGGUGGAUUACCAUGGAAAGAUCAAUUUGAAUAUGAGAAUUUUUGUAGUGAUCCGAGUGCGGAAGAUGUUGUUGUACCUGAAGACGCUGGUUACAAAAUGAUUAUUGAACUUUUGUUAAAGAAGGAUCCUGAUCAACGUUCAAGUGCUACAGAAACAAUUAUGCAAUUAAAACCACAUCCAGUAUUUGGAAAAAUUGUCGAAGCACUUGAUAAAAAUUUUUGUCCUGUCGAUGAUGUAUGCAAUAUGAGAGUAUCUGAUGAAGUUCGACAGGGCCUAAUUAGACUCGCACGCCCUGGACAUUAUGCUACCGGAUCUAGAUCAGCAUCAUCAAGCAGAGAUACAUCUGGAGGACGUCGUGCAUGUCGAUAUGGUAAAGCUUGUUUCAGAAAAGAUGCUGACCAUCGUGCAGGAUUCGCACACCCAGGUGAUUCAGAUUACAAAGUGUCAGGUGGCACCGGCGGUGCCUAUGCCGGGAAAGUGAAAUGUGCUUAUGGAACUAAAUGUAAUCGCACUACUGAUCAAGAGCAUCUUCAAAAAUACUCGCAUUCAAAUGAUUCUGACCAUGGCCCACCACGAAAACAACCGUGCCGCUACGCUGCAGAGUGUCAUGAUUUUGAUCAAGAUCAUCGUAAAAAAUUCGCACAUCCGAUCGGUGCAAGUCACGAUAGCCAUGGCAAGACACAGUGCCGCUUUGGAGAUGAUUGCACAAAAAGAAACGACCGCGACCAUAUGAAAAAAUAUUCACAUGACUAA